AUGGAAAAGUUUCCCGAUCUCAUAGAUGUCCCACGCAUGGCCAAUGGCACCCCACGGUCGCCAAGUCCCCUGAAGCCUGCUUCAGGCUAUGGCCUCCCAAAUGGCAUCAUGUCCCAUUCAGAUCGACGGUCCGCACCUUCGGCGAAAAAGGAAACAUACUACAACGGAUCGAACGGCCGUCCACAGGAACUUGCGCCAUGGUCGUCUGGCGGCUCAGGGCGUGGACACAGUCGACAAAAGAGCUUGAGCGAUGCCAUUCGCACCAUUCGAACUCGAAAGGGGAGCGUCAGCCAAAACGCCCAUGAAAUUGCCGAUGCGCUGCGGGCUCCCGUCUCUCCCAAGCUUGUUGUCUUGUGCCUCAUGUGGUACACCUCUUCCGCCUUGACCAACACGUCAUCGAAAUCCAUCCUGAACGCCUUUGAAAGGCCGGCAACUUUGACGCUUAUUCAGUUUGCUUUCGUCUCGUCGCUCUGCGUUCUAAUGGCAUGGCUAGCUUCCCGGUUUCCCUGGCUUCGACAGAAUGUAUCGACGUUGAAACAUCCCAUUGCGCAACCGUCUCGAGAAGUGUUUGCAGCCACGUUACCGCUCGCGGCUUUUCAAAUCGGCGGCCAUCUGCUCAGCUCCACUGCCACUGCUAAAAUUCCCGUCUCUCUUGUUCACACCAUCAAGGGCUUAUCGCCGUUAUUCACCGUCCUAGCGUACAGGAUAUUCUACGAUAUUCGGUACCCGCAAGCCACAUAUCUGUCGUUGAUUCCUCUGACCAUCGGCGUCAUGCUCGCCUGCUCUGGCAAAGCAAACUAUGGGGGGCAGAUGCUUGGGGUGCUCCAAGCUCUUUUGGCAACAAUCAUUUUUGUCACACAGAACAUCGUUUCGAAGAAAAUAUUCAAUGAAGCAGCUAAAGCCGAAGCAGAGGGCUCUGGCAGCCCGUCCAAGAGACUGGACAAGUUCAACUUGCUUUGCUACUCGUCCGGUAUGGCGUUCGUCGUUACCCUGCCCAUCUGGUUCUGGAGCGAGGGCAUCUCCCUCGUCAAGGACCUUUUGCACGACGGCUCUCUCGACUUGAGCCACAAGAAGGAUGCAAUGGACCAUGGUCGCUUGGCGGUUGAAUUCCUCUUCAACGGCGUUUUCCACUUUGCUCAGAACAUCUUGGCGUUUGUGUUGCUAUCCAUGGUGUCGCCAGUCACCUACUCGGUAGCCAGCUUGAUCAAACGAGUCUUCGUCAUCGUCUUGGCCAUUGUCUGGUUUCGCAGCCCCACGACAUCAGUGCAAGCAGUGGGCAUCGCCAUGACAUUUCUCGGAUUAUACCUGUAUGACCGAACGAGUGAGAGCAAUAAAGCUGAUAGAAGGGCACGCCUAAUGAUGGACUCCCGCAACGGAACGCCACUACUUCCUCUGCAAGAAAAACCAGAAAAGUCCCCCGAUGGCCGUACCUACGAUGGAGGGCACCCAGCUUUGAAUACAGGAAGUGCUUCGAGGAAAUACGAUGAUUGA